UCACAUAAACACGUAAUUUCGAGCUACCUAACUAAAACUAAGGAUUGUAAUCUUCAAUCUUGUUGUAGCAAAAGUAAUUUAAACUAAAAGAUACCUAAACUCGUUAACAAUAAAUACUAGAUUACUGUUUUCAGAGCUCGUUAGAGCGAAUAUAUUCCUUGGUCCAAAGUGUUGAUAAGCAGUUAACGUGGCUUCCGCUAAAAGUAUCGCUGCCUACAAUAAAUUUUAUAAAAAAAUGGUUUAUAAAAAAAAUACGAUGGAAGGGUCUCUCUUCGAACCCACCUUAUACUUGGUGAAAGGUAUGUGCAUUAUGGACAAUGACGGCAAUAGAAUCCUAGCAAAAUACUAUGAUCCUGAUAUUCUUAAUAAUACUAAAGAUCAAAAAGCAUUUGAAAAGAAUCUGUUCAAUAAAACACAUAGAGCAAAUGCAGAAAUCAUAAUGCUAGAUGGCCUAACUUGUGUCUAUAAAAAUAAUGUGGAUUUAUAUUUUUAUGUCAUGGGAAGUUCACAUGAAAAUGAGCUGAUUCUGCAAUCAGUAUUGAAUGCGUUGUACGAAUCUGUCAGCAUACUGCUGAGGAGGAAUGUGGAGAAGAGAAUACUCCUGGAUAAUUUGGAUGCUGUCAUGUUGGCCUUCGAUGAAAUCUGCGAUGGGGGUGUGAUCCUCGAUUCGGACCCGACGUCGAUAGUGUCACGGGCGGCACUCCGCACAGAAGACGUUCCUCUUGGGGAGCAGACCGUCGCUCAGGUACUGCAGUCAGCGAAAGAGCAGUUGAAAUGGUCUCUGUUAAAAUAAAAGUAUUGUAUUAUAUAAUUAUAUUUUAUUAAAUUAACUAAAACAAUAAA